UACGAGACUCGGACGAUUUGAGGUUGGGAAGGAAAAGUAGAAAAACUAGAGAGCGUUAGAGUGGAGAAUUGGGGGCCUCGGAGUGUUAGUUGAGGUCGUUGUAUCGCUCAUAGGAGCUGGGAGAUCUCAUCAGAUCGGCGAAGUAAUUGUAAUGGGCAGGCAAAUUGCAGAGACGUGUAUGGAUAAGGAGCCAGAUCGUGUCAUUGUUUACUCAAAUGGUGUUGUGCAAAAUUCAGAUAAUGACAUUGCUCAUAGGCUCCGUGAUCUUCCGAAAUCAGAUGAUCAUAUGAAGGGGAAUCCAAAGUCUCAAGUUCUAGAAGAGAUUAUUGAAUUAAAGGAUUGUGAUGUUAAAGAAUGCACAACGGAAAAUCCAAUUGAGAUCCCUGAGCUUCUUCCAUUUAAAAGCUCAUCACCUAGGGAUGAAACAGUGAAAUCUGAAGGUCAGAAGCCAAACAACCAUAAAAAGUUAGGCUCUCCAGUGAAGCCUUCAUCAAGAUCUGAUGGUGUUGGAAAUAUGCGAUCAAGCUGUACUGUUCCUCAACCUUUUUCACUGGCAACUGAGAAGCGUGCUUCAUGUGGAACUCGUCCUGCGGUGCCUGAAACUGCUGUUGCUGGUGGCAUAAACAGACCAUCUAAUAUGAACAAUUUGCAGGCCUCUGGUACAGCAAAGAAGCCUCAGCUUAGAUCAUCGUUGGCAUCUAGAAGGCCACUGCAACCUGAUAACAAGAAACAUCCUGAUGAAGAAGAUGUCUGCUCUGUUGCUUCCUCGACUGCUGCAUCCUUUAGGACAUUAAAAUCCAGGAUAACUGUUCCAACAGCUCCCGUGUUUAAAUGCACUGAGCGUUUAGAGAAACGCAAGGAGUUUUACUCAAAGUUGGAAGAGAAGCACCAAGCGUUGGAGGCAGAAAGGACCCAAUGUGAAGCUCGGACGAAGGAGGAACGAGAUGCUGCUAUGAAGCAGCUUAGAAAGAGCUUAAUGUUCAAAGCAAACCCAAUGCCAAGCUUUUACCAAGAGGGACCACCACCUAAGGUUGAACUCAAAAAGUUGCCUACAACUCGUGCAGUAUCGCCAAAGUUUGGACGUAGAAAAAGCUGCAGUGAUGCGGUUGAUUCAUCUCAGGGAGAUGACCGGAAAGGAGUUUGUGGUCGGGCAACUCGUCAUAGUCUGGGUAGUUACAAAGAAGAUACUAAGGCUACUAACAAUAGCAGUCGAAGCACAAACUUGAGUUACAGAGUCAAAGAUGGGCCUAAACAGGUAAGAGGGAGCACAAAGUCUGCUGCUCUCAAGACAACUGGGCAGACGAAUGUGGACAUCGCAGUCCAGUCAUGAGUCAUUUGGUGAGUUUUCUAAUUUAACAGGGAAAAGUUGAUACUCUUUCUUUGUUAUUAUGGGUUCUGAAAAGGUGCGUUGUCUUCUUGUUUGCAAGGACUUGUUGCAGUGUUUUGUGUGAUAUAUAAAGUGUAAAUUUUCUGUAAGUUAUAUUCACACAAUAUAUAUAAAGAGUUUCCACUUUUACUAA